AUGCUGGGCCUGGGCCUCCCGCUGCUGCUCUUCCUGUCGAGGGGGCUGCUCGAGACGGCCGCGGCAGAAUCUUCUUUCCUUUUACCAGCACCACAGAAUGUGUCAAUUGUCUCAUACAAUUUUCAGAGUACAUUAAAAUGGUCUCCGGUUGUGGGGAUCAAUAACAGUGCAGUGUCAUACAGAGUUGACUAUCAACCAACAUCAUUUGACUUCUGGAUAGAAGUAAACUCCAAAAAUAUUACGAAGUCUGAAUAUGAUUUCACAAAUGAUAUCAAAGAACAUGUUAAAGUAACUUUCCGUGUUAGGACUGAACAAGGAGAAUUAAAAUCUGACUGGGUAAAAACCUCUCCCUUUCGAGCAGGAGAUCAAACUAUUUUAGGACCUCCAAGAGAAAUAGAUGCAACAGUGAAAGCGAAUUCCAUUCUUGUUAGCUAUAAGGCUCCCUUUGAUAAUAACUCAACAUUCUUUGCUUUUCUAUAUUCGAUUUCUUACUGGGAGAAGUUAACAAAUAAGGACCCGCCUCCACUUGACAAAAUGGCGGUAGUGAAUACGAGAAAUACAAAAUACAAACUUGCGAAUCUGAUGGAAAUGACAGAGUAUUGCUUUCAUAUACUAGCAAUGCUUCCUGAAAAAGGUCUGCAGGAGCGACGUUUAAGUGACACUUACUGCAGAAAAACGUCUAUCACUGAGACAACAAAGAUUUUAUGGAUCACAUUGCCAAUCAUAUCUGUAGUUGUUUUACUUGUUAUAAUAUUUUUCUGCUUGACGAUUAUGCAGAAGCAUCAAAAUAUAAUUAAAUCUCUUUGGCGACCUCCUCUUACAAUACCGUCGCAUUAUGAAGAGGACUUACAAAAUCCUCAUAUGAAUGUGGUUCAAGAAUUUAAGAACUGUGCAGGAGAAGAUCAUUGGGACUCUGUGUCAGUUAUUUCCAGUGUGGAACAAAACUCAACUAUGACAAACAGCACUGACUGCAAUAAUCAGGAAGUUCACUUGCUAGAAACAGAUCAUUUUGCUCAGAUUCAAUGA